UCAACAACACACAACACGAAGAAAAACAUUCUAUUUGCUUUGUUCUAGAAAAUCAAUAUUAAUUAAAAUAUGAAAUAUUCUUUGUAAAUUUUUGCGAGUAUAUUAAACGUAAAAACAAAAAUGGAUUAUCCAACAGAGGAGGAAAUGGCUGAAUUCUAUGAAUACGCUGCGGUGCAAACGAACCAGCCUAUGUCGCAGCCACAAUCACAGCCUCUGUCACAGCAAUUUCCCACGGAGAAAAAUACACCGUCAUCAAAUCGUGGUGAGCACAGUUUUUUCCACAACAGCACCCAAUUGUCACAAAUUCCACCGAAUGACACAGUGAAUCGUCGCUUGUUUGGAACACCAUUGAACGAUGGUAACCAUUCAAAUCGAUUGGCUUCAACGCCAUUUUCGUCGGCCAAUGGAUGUCAUACACCAAAUCCAUAUCGUUUUCGUUUCGACGACGACGAAUUUGAGAAUAACUUACCGCCAAUCGAACAAAAUCCACGUAAACGUCGUUUGGACUUAGAUCUAUUUGGCGAUAUUGAUGACAUUGUGCGUGAAGAGCAGAGAGGAGCCGCACAAGUAUUCUAUUCGGACGAUGUUGAGGAAAAUGCCAAGAAGAAAGCAAGAUCCGAAGAAGAACAAGAUAAUAUGAUUAUUGAACGAAUUUUGGCGGCUCGAGCCGAUUUGCAAGCGAAAAAUAAUAACAUCAUGAAACAAUCUAAACUACAGCAGCUCGAAGCUUUGCACCAAUUCAAAGCAAGAAAUUUAUCAGAAGUGUAUCCAAAAUGGCCAUGUAUACCGGUGGUGACCGAUCGAAGUCGCAUUUAUGUUCGUAUGCAUAACGAAGAAUUUGAAAAGAAUCAACUUAAUGAGUUGACGCUUCGAAAGAGUUUUGGUAAAUUGCUGGGCGAACACAGUGACGAUGUUUGGAAUGAAGCGCAAAAAAUCGUCACAAAUCGAAUGACACAGCAGGCUCAAUCGCAAGCAGAACAAUUGAGUGAAAUCGACGAAGUUGUUAUUGUGAAUGAAGCAAUACCAAAUGCAGGUAAAUUAUGGGUGGAAAAGUACAAGCCAAAGGGAUAUUUUGACCUUUUAUCUGAUGAAUCCACGAACCGUAGUCUGCUGACAUGGUUGAAGAUGUGGGAUAAAAUCGUCUUUGGCAGGUCGUUUCAGAAAGAGAAAGACCUAACGAACGAACAAAAGAAUGCGGCAAGUAAUUUCAACAAGAAAACCGGUCGUUUUGAGGUGGGAAGUGUUCGUUUCCGUAAACAUCGUCCAAAUGACUUGAAAACAGAGAUUGAUUCUCAUGGAAGACCGAUUCAGAAAAUCGCCGUUCUUUGUGGUCCUCCGGGUUUGGGUAAGACGACACUAGCUCAUACAAUCGCACGUCAUGCUGGUUAUACAGUGCGAGAAAUAAACGCAUCGGACGAUCGAAGUCCGGAAUGUUUUCGAUUGGCAUUACAAAAUGGCACUGAAAUGCAAACCACAUUAUUGGAUCAAGAGAAACGACCAAAUUGCAUAAUAUUAGACGAAAUUGAUGGUGCACCGCUUGCUUCAAUUGAAUUCCUGUUGAAAUUCAUUAACGAUCAAACGAAAGAAGUGAAAAAAUCAAAAGCACCAACUGACAAAGCGGGUGGCAAAAAGCCAAAAGCAAGUGGUAUAUUACGUCGUCCAAUAAUUUGCAUAUGUAAUGAUAUUUAUGCACCAUCGUUGCGACCACUACGUCAAGUAGCCUUCAUUGUGACAUUUCCACCAUUGGAUAGUGGACGUCUUGCCGAACGUUUAUAUGCAAUUGCACGAAAGGAGAGGCUCACGACUGAUAUGACCACAUUGAUGGCACUUGCUGAAAAAUCGGGCAACGAUGUACGUUCAUGCAUAUCGGUGUUACAAUUCUUUGCAAAUAGCCGUAAACCGCUCGAUUUGGUUGAUGUAAUGAAAUCGAAUAUUGGUCAGAAAGACAAGCAAAAAGGUUUAUUUGAAAUUUGGUCGUCGGUAUUUCAAAUUCAACGUUAUAAAGGUGGUUUUGACCCGGUUCAAUGUAAAGCAAUUGGUGCAAGUGUCGAUACAACGAUACAAAUACCACAAACUGUUGAUACGUCAAUGCGGUCAAGAGUCGAACAUGUGCUAAAUGUUGUUCACAUGGGUGGCGAUAAUGACAGGCUUGUCAAUGGCGUUUUCGAAAAUUAUCUAUCGCAAAAAGUCGACGGCAACCUCUUGAACAUUACUGAAGCGGGUGAAUGGUUUUGUUUUACCGAUAUAUUGAAUACACAAAUUCAAACCGUACAAAAUUACAGUGUCUAUCCAUACUUACCGUACACUUAUGUUGCCUGGCAUUUGCUGUUUGCUGGCAUUUCGUGGCCUAAAAUUACUUUUCCAACACAAGGCUUUGAGUACUAUCAAAAGUCCAGUACACAAAAGACAAUUCGAGCUUCGUUCGUUAAGAGCUUGUCGGUGAUGGUUCGCAGUUUGGCCAAUAGUCCAACGAUUAUAUCGGAUGCAGUAGCAAGUAUACGACAAAUUAUUUGUCCUUCAUUGCGUUCGGUGUCACUUCAGUUGCUCACACCAAAAGAACGAGCUGAUCUAGCACAUACAGUUGAUGUCAUGGUUGAUUUGGGUUUAACGUAUGCACAAACAAAAAAUCCAGAUGGAACAUAUCAGUAUCAACUUGAACCCGACAUUAAUUUUUUGUGCAAUUUCAAAGUUAAUCAAUGGACAAACGAACUGACCUAUUCUAAUAUGCAGAUAAUCGCGCGUGAAGUGGAAUUGCAAACGAUGAGGCGAUCAGCACCGAAGGAUGGUGGCGUGAAUACAACGAAGUCGAAUAAAGCGCCGUUAUCAAAGCCAAAGCCACAAAAUCACUUGCAAAAAUUGAACACAAAAUCCGUCAAUAUGCGAAUGAAAAUGAAAGAACUGGUAACAAAGGACUUUUUCGGUCGCAUAACCGAAAAACGUGUAGCGUUACCAGUACAAGAAGGUGGACGUGACCAAAUAGUUAAAAGCCCCAUUUGGUAUCGUUAUAAGGAAGGAUACAACAAUGCCGUUCGAAAGGAUUUGACAUUGCAAAGUUUACUCUAAAUAACAAUUCGGUUUCAUUUUAUUUUAUUUUUUCAUUCAUUUUGUUCGUACCUUCGAAUUCCCCGACCAAUUAACAUUUUCCAUAUCCAUAUUUAUUAUCUUUCGUUUAGCACUACAUAGUAAAACUUUUUAAAAUACAUACAAAGUAAACAACAACAGCAAAAUCAAAAGACCUUGUGAACCUAAAUAUUAUUUAAAAUAAAAUUAUAUGGAAAAUUGAA